CGGCACUGCCGAUUUGAUGCCAUCCCUUCAGUUUGUUUCUUCCUCCGCUUCCCCCUCUACGCGCAUUCACUGCUUGUUUAGCGCUGUUCGUUAAACAUCAUACCUUGGUACUCUCCCUCACGCAAAAGUAGAUUUUAUUCGCCGUCACACCUACAUGAAGUACUCUCAGUUUCUACUUGCCACCGCUCUUGCCUUGAGCGCGGCUUCCGCUUUACCUGUCGAUGGUGAUCUGGUUGCUCCCGCCGCCAUCAACGCCGCCGCCCUCACCAAGGCGGUUGUGGAAAGGAACGAUAAGGCCACCGAUGACUCCUCCAGUGUCGAUAGUCUGAAGGGCAUCGUUUCUGGCUCUGUCCACAAGGGCAAGGACCAGGACCUUACAAGCACAUCGGAAGAGGAAACCAGCGCGUACAACUCCUUUUUCAUGUCCAUCUCCAUGAUUUUGGUCUCUGAGGUUGGUGACAAGACCUUCUUGAUUGCCGCGCUUAUGGCAAUGAGGUCGUCGCGUCUUGUGGUUUUCACUGCCGCCUUCAGUUCCUUAGCGGUCAUGACGGUUCUCUCAGGUAUUGUGGGCCACGCGUUGCCUGCGUUGAUCCCACAGCGCGCCACCCAGUUCUUGGCAUCGGCUCUCUUUGUGAUUUUCGGCUUCAAGUUGGUCAAGGAGGGUUUAGCCAUGUCUAAGGAGUUGGGGGUUGCUGAGGAAAUGGCCGAGGUGGAAGAGGAGAUUGCCUCCUCCUCUAUUAACUCCCGCAUGGACUCCGUCGAGAGCGGUGACCUGAAGGCUAAGAGCACCUCCAAAUCGUGGUUGGAAGCAGCCACCGAAGAGUUUUCCAACUUGGCUGGCUUUGUGUUCUCUCCGAUCUGGGUGCAGGUGUUUAUCAUGACCUUUUUGGGUGAAUGGGGUGACAGAUCGCAAAUCGCCACUAUCGCCAUGGCUGCCGGUAGUGACUACUGGUACGUCAUCUUGGGUGCCAUCAUCGGCCAUGGGAUCUGUACCGGUGGUGCCGUCAUCGGGGGUAAGUUAUUGGCCUCCAGGAUCUCCAUGAGAACCGUCACCUUGGGCGGUGCAGUGGCCUUCUUUGUGUUUGCCGUUUUGUACUUUUAUGAAGCCAUGAACGCCCCCGCCGCCUAAUAUUGCGACUACACAAAUCCCUAGUGGCCAGUAAUAUCACAACUAAUAUAUGUAUAAUAGAUACGUGCUCAUAGUAUUU